UUGACCUUCGUAACAGAAGGAAGCGGAAGUUCCUCGGCUCAACUUCCGGCCUCAUCUCAGUGUCCGAGAGCUGGCCUAGAGAAGCCGGAAGCGACUUUUGCGCGGUUCUGUGGUGGCCUGUUGCCGGCCGGGAGCUUCUGUGCAGAUUAACCUAUAUGCCUGACCAUGCAGAUGUCAGCCUGCCCCCAGAAGACCGGGUCAGAGGUCUCAUUCAUAUGGGGAGUACUGUGGAGGUGAAUGAAGAUGUUCCACCACGGCGAUACUACCGUUCAGGUGUUGAAAUAAUCCGAAUGGCAACUAUUUAUUCUGAAGAAGGCAACAUCGAACGUGCCUUUAUAUUGUACAACAAAUACAUUACGCUUUUCUUAGAGAAACUCCCCAAGCAUCGUGAAUAUAAAACUGCAAUCAUUCCAGAGAAGAGAGAGACAGUGAAAAAACUAAAAGAGGUUGCAUUCCCUAAAGCAGAGGAGUUGAAAAAAGAGCUUUUAGCAAAAUACAACAAAGAAUAUGCAGAGUACAAUAUACAGAAGAAGAAGCAAGAGGAGGAAUUUGCCCGCACCUUGGCCCUACAGCAACAGCUGGAGGAGGAGAGGCAGAGAGUGGCUCGCAUGAAGCAACAGCAGGCCGAACAGGAGCAGUUCCAUGCCUUUGAAGACAUGAUCAGGCGCCAGGAGCUUGAGAAAGAGCGCCUGAGGGUGGUGCAGCAAUUUGGGACAGCAACUCCCGGCCCCUUGGAGGAUCCCUUAAUACCUGGUGUGCUCAAGCCCCCCACCGAUCCCCAAACCCUUAUGUCUGCUGGUCAACCUUUGAGCCCCGCUGGAGGAAGUGGACUACCAAAGCCGCCCAUAGUGGACAGGUCUCUAAAACCUGGCACUUCGGGGAACUCAGAAAACAAUGCAGUUAUAGAUGGUCUUCGCCACAUCAUUGUCCCCAGGGAGCUCUGUCAUAAAUUUCUGCAGUUGGCAGAUGCAAAUACAGCCAGAGGUGUGGAGACAUGUGGGAUCCUCUGUGGGAAGCUGAUGAGGAAUGAAUUCACAAUAACCCACGUCAUUGUUCCCAAGCAGCAUGGAGGCCCUGACUAUUGCAACACUGAGAGUGAGGAGGAGCUCUUCCUAAUCCAGGAUCAGAACAGCCUGAUCACCUUGGGAUGGAUCCAUACUCAUCCUACUCAAACAGCUUUCCUUUCCAGCGUGGAUUUGCACACCCAUUGCUCCUAUCAGAUGAUGUUGCCAGAGUCUAUUGCUAUCGUUUGUUCACCUAAGUAUCAAGAGACUGGAUUCUUUAAACUGACAGACCAUGGAAUGGAGGAGAUCUCUUCCUGCAGACAAAAAGGAUUCCAUCCCCACUGCAAAGAUCCUCCUCUCUUUAUUACUUGCAACCAUGUGACCAUCAUGGAACAAGAAGUGGCAGUGCUGGACCUUCGAUAAGGCUGCCUUUAUAUCUCUCAUCAGCUAUUUCUGUCCUUCUUAAAGCUAAUUUAUGGUUGCUUCUCUCACUUUCUGUGCAGUGAUAUCCAGAAUCUUACCUGUAACAACAAAGGAAUUUUGCCUUCUCUUUGAUCACAUGCAAAUAAUAAUUUGGGGCAUUGCUGAGAAUCAGUAAAGCAAAAUUAUAAACUAAAAUUAACCCUAACCUUGAUACAGCUAGUCUUGGCUGCUGACAAAGGUUUUUCAACAAACCAGGCUCCAGAACACACACACAGGCACAAACAAACAGGAACAAUUCUUGGAAGUGUUUGGCUUGACUCGGAGAACAUCCAUCCUUCUAUCUAUUAAGAUCUUUCUCAACUCUUGCGUGUUCUUGGAAAACAUCGGCCCCAUCAGUGAUUUGGAAUUCUCACACUCAACUGCUGUGCCAAAAUUUUGACUUUAGUGAGCGGUAAUAAAGCAAUUUUUGUGUCGGAUAGAAGAAAGUACCCACAAAGAAAAUCAGGCUAGUGCCUAUAGGUCUUAGAUUCCUCUUUCCUAGAUUCGGGGUCCUCAACCUUUCUAAUUUUACGGACUAGAGGGGGGGGAGGAGAGGAAAUGGUUCUGUGCGAGUAGCAGACAUACACACUUAUGCAUGCAGUUCCAUUUGAAUGAGUGGUGGGCACUCCUGUGCGUGUGUGAAGCUCCAUUUGUGUGAACACAAAUAGAGCUGUGUGUGCUCACUUGCUGCAGCCUUGGGGUUAGGGUCCCUUGCCCUAGAUAAUGGCACCUUGUUCCAAGGGAAUAAUUCAUGUGUUUACGAAGAGAGAAUCAAAGGAGUUUCUUGAAAUAACUAGCUAGGAGGUUUUUUUUGUUACCGAUUCUCCCUUUUUAGGAAUCUGCAUUUUAUAAAAACAUGUCAGUCUAAGCUUAAUCUUUCUACGGCUAUGCUUUAAACCCUGUGAAAGACUAAACUACCCCAUGUAGUCCAUGUGCAGAAAAACAGCCUAGUAGAAGAUGCAAAACGUGUAUUCAAGCUCAAUAAAUUCCUCUCGUGCUGCUGCUGUGAUCCUCUCCUGCCCCAAAGUGAAAAAGAGUGCCCAAAAUAUGCACGUGACCUCCAUAAUUGUUUCUCAAUAGCAGCUGAUGCGAAAUGAGACCCUUUCUAAUUCCUGAUUUUCUCCAGUGACUUCAUUCAGUCAUAAUUAGUUAUAUUUCUGUGGAGAGAGACAUGAAAAUGCCUAUCAUUUCUGCACAAAUUCAUUCAUUUACCCUUGGUAGUGUGUUUCUGCUACCUGUUUCAAGUUGUGAGGAGGACUGGCUGAAGAACUAGAUGUGUCACUUCUUACUGAGAAUAGGCUAAGUUUGCUCCUUGAAAAUAGGGCACCAGGCUUCUUUGCUGCAUGUCCUUCCCCAGGCUACAGCAGGUUUCAGCAUGGGUGGUGCCUGGGUUCCAAAGUCUGGGUGUGUGAGGAACAAAAGUGGCUGUCAGAGCUGAUUUAGGAGGGAUUAUUUCACUGAAUUGUGCAGUCUGUGAUCUGUCCUCUGGGAAAGCCAAAAGCUUCCAAAGUUGUCUUGGGAUCUGGCAGGUGAAGGGCAGCAGACAUUAGUAGUUCAGAUUUCUCAGAAGACAGCUGUCAAUUGCUACUGAUCUUACUCUGCAAUAUGCAACUGCAGAAAAGUGCUGGAAAAUAGAGUGUUACCUGUUCUCUCCAAGGGAUACUUGGCAGACCCUUUGCUAUGUGGUUUGCAAUGAGUAUCUGAAUAUGCUCUGGAAAUCUUGCAUCAUGCUAAUUAAUGAUUAAUAAUUAGGCAAAGUAGGAUUUUUCAAACAGGAUCAUCAAUAAAAAAUGUGAAGGUUAAAUUGGUCCCCAACCCCUGGGCCAUGGCCCGAUACUGGGCUGUCGCCAGUUUGGAACUGGGCUGUGCAAGUGUCAGACCAGCACACAGGCGCAGCCCCAUGUGCCCGAGCAGCGGGUACCCGUGUACGUUCAAACGCCUGCUGCAUGGAGCUGUGUGUGUAAGUGUGCGCCCCUGCCACUCGCGCAGAACCAUUUUCCCUCCCCCUCCCCCCCCCGCUGGUUCACAAAACCAGAAAGGUUUGGGACCACUGAGUUAAAUGGCAGAAAACCUUAGCUGGUGGCCUCAGUCCAUGAUAGUCAAUUGGAUAGUGCAAAUUCCCAAGCACGGCUGGCCAGCUGCUGCCGCCUAACCAAAGACAGCUUUGCCCCCGACUCUCAAGGCAGCGUCCCUGGCCUGAGAGUUGGUCCCCCCCCCCCCAGGCCAGGCCUGUUCUAUGUUCAGGGCUGCAUUCCACUGCAAUGGCCAAGGGAUAUGAACCCAAGGCAGGAGCUGGACUGGAUGCCCAGAUCAGUGCUGCCUUAUUCACAAAUUGGGGCUGUUUGAACAAAGGCUCCGAAUCUGGAAGGGGAAGGGGUCCUCUGGCUGAACUCAAAAGGCCUUCCUGGCGUAAGCAGAAACUGACCUAAAGCUCUGAAGCUGCCACUUGGUGAGCAAGACUGUUGCAGAGGAUAUUCAGCAUGCCUUGAG